AUGAAAAUACUACAAGCUAAUGUAGGAAGGGGGGGCGCUGUACAUGACCUGCUACUCUCCUUUGAAGCAGAUAUCAUUCUUGUCCAAGAACCUUGGACAAAUACAGCAAAGCACCUAACCAAGACCCACCCACGAUAUCAGCUGUUCAGUCCCCCGACCCGAUGGACUGCCAGACCCAGGACUCUAACAUAUGUACGAAGGGAUCUCCCAGCCCAUUCCCUCCCGGAACCAAUCUCACCAGACAUCACCACAAUCUACACGGCAGGCCUUACUAUCAUCAAUGUCUACCGCCCCCCUAAUGACCCACAGCCAGAUACUGAGUCUCAUGCUGUCACACCUGGCGCAACAGGAUUAUUAGACUGGCUUGAUGCCCAUGAGCUGGAACUUCGCCUCGAGCCAGGCACCCCCACCCGUGGACCAAACACCCUAGACCUUGUCUUCUCUAACCUACCACUAAGGGCCCUAGUAGAAGACCAUCUAAAGACUCCAAGUGACCAUGCAACAAUUGGAAUAAUACUGGAACAAGAAGAGCCCCCGCCUAUAUACAAGCUUGGAUCCACCAACUGGGAGAAAGCCAGAGCCCUGGCAAGCCCGCCUGACCCAACCCUACCAAUUGACCUACUAGCCAAACAACUGGUCCAGACAUCCCAGCUUGCAAUACAAGGCGUAUCAAGAUACAAUACUCGCAGACUCCCCAGGACCCUAUGGUGGACUCCAGAACUAACAGACAUACUACACCAAACAAGACAGCAACAAAACCCCGACUAUAAACAGCUCCGGAAGGCCAUUGUACGGGCAAAGGCUGAAUACUGGAAGCAGCGAAUUGAACAAGCCACAGCACCUAUAGAUGUAUUCAAACUUGCUAAAUGGAUACAACAUCCAGACCAGCUCGCUGCUCCUCCCCUGAAUAUACAAGGGGCACAGGUUACUACCCCACAGGGCAAGGCAGACGCCUUCCUUAAUCACCUCUUAGAGAAGGGGGCCCUGCUUCCAAAUCAGACAGAAGAGGGACCCCCAAACAAGCCCCUCGGCUCACUACACCUGCCAACAAAAGAGCACUGCUGGGCUGCUCUCUGUGCCCCACCCCCGUCGGCCCCCGGGGAGGACGGACUUGCCACCACUGCUUGGAGGGAGCUCUGGCCCGUACUAGGGGAUACAAUCACACAACUGUACUACAGGUGUAUGGAGGAAGGCUGCUUUCCACUGAGCCUGAAGUCAGCAAAGGUAAUAAUGUUACCGAAACCAGGAAAGAGGGACUAUACCCAACUCAAUGCCUGGCGGCCAAUUAGCCUCCUCUCUACCCUAGGUAAAGGCCUAGAGCGCCUCCUAGCACAGCAGAUAGCUGUAAGAGCAAUUCAGGCAGAUGUGCUAGCCCCCUGCCACUUCGGGGCCCUGCCAGGACGCUCUGCCAUUGACCUGGUCCAGGUUCUUGUUCACAGGGUAGAGGAGGCCUUUCAACAGGGAAAAGAUGCUUCACUACUCCUACUAGAUGUGAAAGGGGCAUUUGACGCUGUAAUACACCAACAGCUCCUUUCUCACUUACGCCUGCAAGGAUGGCAUAAAGGCUUACUCCAGCUACUUAAGGACUGGCUUACUGGCCGCUCUGUAUCUGUUCAUAUCAAAGAAGGCACUGCCACAGCACCAAUUAAAGGCGGACUCCCCCAGGGAUCCCCCCUAUCCCCAAUACUCUUCCUGCUAUAUGCAGCAAGAAUAGUCUCUACCUUAGAGGGCUCCUUCUGCUAUGCAGAUGAUAUGGGCAUAUUAUUAACUGGGAAUACCCUGGAAGAGAGCUCACAACAACUGGUAGAGGCCUACAAGCAAAUUACUGCCCUAGGGACAGAGACAGGCCUUCCUUUCUCAAUAGAGAAAACAGAGAUACAACACUUCUCUAGAAAGCAGCAGCAGCAUCUCCCCACAGUCACUCUACCUGGUAUAGGGGGGAUUACACCAUCCCUAUAUACACGUUGGUUAGGAGUUCUUCUGGAUACAAAGCUUACUUUUAAAGCCCACAUUAAUUUGGUCUUUAGCCACGGGAAACGACUCGCCCAGCACCUAAAGAGACUUAGCAAUACCCAGCGCGGCUGCCCAGUGGCCUUCAUGCGGGCAGCAGUUAUACAGUAUGUUCUUCCAACAGCUCUGUACGGGGCAGAAGUCUUCUAUACAGGCAAACAACAAAAAGGGGUAGUUAACUCCCUGCUUUCUCUCUUCCGCACAGCAGCCCUGGCUAUUAUCCCAGCCUACAAGACCACCCCUACUGCAGCACUCCUCCGCGAAGCAGACCUACCAGACCCAGAAGCUCUACUCAACAGCAUCCUCCGGAGGGCAGCAGUGUCCAAGGGACAUGGUCCCGCGGGCCCCAGGACAGAAGUCUAUGAUGCAGAAAUCAUGGGUGCUGUGGAAGGCCUACGCACAGCCCUGGGACAACCAUGUGUUGGCUACUCUACCCAGCUAGUUAUCCUCCUAGAUAACCUAGCUGCAGCCUCCCUGCUAGCAAGCUAUAGGCCAACCCCUCACAGACAUGGUCUGUCAGAGACCUUUAGCCAACUAGCCGCCCAGUGGAUGGAAAGCCCUUCAAUCCUAACCAUGCAAUGGAAGCCCCUUCAGGUCCGCUGGAUUCCAGGCCACUCUGGAAUUGCUGGGAAUGAGCUGGCAGACAAGCUCGCUAAGCUAGGGUCUUCUAUAUACAGCCCCGACAUCCCCCCCUCCCCAGCAUACCUACGACAGGAGGCAAAACAGUGGCUCCGUACAGAGACAUAUACAGCAUAUGCUAAUAAGGCGCCUGAAACCUACAAAGCCCUGAAUAUCAGACCCCAUACAAAAGAAAGCCGCUCCCGCGAGCACAAGCUGCCCCGGUGGGUACUUGGCCGACUCGUCGCCGCUCGUACAGGCCACGGAGACUUUACGGCAUACCACCAGCGUUUUGACCACACAGACUACCUGGAGAGCUGCACCUGCGGCAAGGCAAAGACCCCAGUACACUUCUUCUUUUGCCCAUAUACCAGAAAACGCUGGAAGGAUAGAUGGAGAUGUAUAAAGGAUGGCCCGUCAAAAACAAUAGACUGGCUCUUAAGUACAGCUGCCGGGGCUGAGGAAUUCAGCCGCAUCGUGCAAGAAUCAUCCUUUUUCAAGGACAUAUGCCCGAACUGGGCCCGCCGGAGCGCUUGA